AUGGAGUUCUUCAAGAACGCCAAGGCCGUGCGGCUGCGAAGCCACCACAACAAGUACCUGACGGCGGAGGACGACGAGGAGUCGGUCAGCCAGAACCGCGACGGCACCGCCAGGCAAUCCCGCUGGACGGUGGUGUCGGUGGUGGAGGGCGGCGGCGGCGGCGCCGGCCGCACGAUCCGCUUCAAGAGCUGCUACGGCCGCUACCUCACCGCCUCAAACGAGCCUUUCCUCCUCGGCAUGACCGGCUGCAAGGUCAAGCAAACCCUCCCCUCCCACCGCCAUGAUUCUUCCGUCGAGUGGGAGCCUGUUCGCGACGGCUUCCAGGUCCGCCUCAAGACUCCCUACGGCCGCUUCCUCCGCGCUAACGGCGGCCUCCCGCCAUGGCGGAACUCCGUCACGCACGACAUCCCCCAUCGCACCGCCACCCAGGACUGGAUCAUCUGGGAGGUCGACGUCGUCGAGAUCCUCCCCUCCUACUCCCCCGCCGCCGUCACCGCUCCGCCGCCGCUGUCUCUGCUCUCCCAGUCUUCCUCCUCCGUCUCCGACGCCGCCUCUGAGCCCUCCUCCCCGCCCCGCGACUUUUCCCUGAGCUUCUCCAGGCAGGAGGUAACGAUCAUCCUUCCUUCUCUCCUCCCCCGGAUUGUGUGAUCUGCAACCCUAAUCGGCGCUGAUGUCUCCGUCGUCUUGCAGUCGAUCGCCUCCUUGUCCAGCGAGUCGCCGCCCAGAUUGUCCAGACGAGAGGUACGGCUCUCUCCCUCUUCCCUCCUGGAUCUACCACACCACUUGCCUUCAAUCCUCCAUUGUCUGGGAAGAUUGAUUGAUUAAUCGAUCGAUCGAUUGAUCGUCUGUGUCCUCUGGUAGUCUCUGGCAGGAUCUCCGCCGAAGCCCGUCGGCCGGACGGUGUACUACUGCAUCGCCGACGACGCCGGGAACGUGGACGAGGCGAUCAAGGCGCCGCCACUACAGUUCAAGGGGAUGAGCGUGAAGGACCUGACCAGUAAGCUGGAGGAGGAGACGGGCCUCUCGGAUAUCAUCGUCUGCACCCGGAACCCCUUGAAUGCGAAGCAGCUGCAUCCCCUCCUGCUGCAACUCCCGCCCAACAACGUCACCAUGCACGUCGUCCUGGUACAGGCCUCCUCCAAAGGUGGGACUUCCUCGUGGGUCUCUCGAGAUCUCGAUUCCCUCCGCGAUUUAUGCAGUCGAGAACUGUUUUUUGUUUUUUUUUUUUUGGGGUGAGGGGGAGGAGAGAACAGUAUUUGAUUCUCGGCUCCCCGGAGCAGAGCUUCUCUCUCAGAUUCUUCCCUCCUCGGAAGAAGAUCCGACCCCACCUGAGUUCCUUCCUCUCUCUUGCAGUGGCCAGGAGCUUCAUGAAAUUGCCGCCGCCGCUCUAG